UCCUCCUCUCGUUUCUUUUCGGGCGCAGAGCUUCCACGGGACCACUCACAGACAAUCCCAUGUCGCAUGUACUUAUCUGGAAUCAUUCGAAUUGCCGGAAUUUUGCCGUCAUCAACAACCAUCGUCCCUAACAAUCUUAAGUUCGAUUCAUGGUUAACACGAGGCAAACUUCUCGGAGGAAUGCCUUCGGUUGUUGCGAACUCCGAAAAUCAGGCAAUUCCUAUUGUGCCAAUCAGCCCAUCUGAGAGUAAUGAGGACAUCGGAGCUAGCAGCUUGGACGAGGAUGAGAGCUUUACAGAAGGAGCUCUAGAAGAUGUUGAAGACUUGGCCCAUCAGGCGUCAAGACUCUUGUCGGAUGAUCAUAACGUCACAAGAUCAUUCGAAGCCGCGAGAACGGGAUUUGACGUGCACAACGCGAAGGCUCCUCGAGCAAACCAUAGAGCCGAGCCACCACUUACUCGUGCUAGAGCUUGAGCGCUUCGUGUCAUGCUCACCAAGGCCGUCAAUCACAUUCUUAGCGGAUCCCGGGAGUCCAAGGAUGACAUUUCACUUUUCGGACAAAAUCUGACCCGGAACUUACUUACAUUCGAAGACGACGUCUCUUAAGGCCGAGUGAAGCCCAUGGGCCUUAUUUACUCAAGGAUUUUCGGCCCACAUAAUGUCCAACAACUAUAUUUUGUUGUUUGAUCCUUAUUUAUGACUAGGCUUGCAUGUGAGCUAGCAUUUAAUGCUUUGUUUACUUAAACUCUU